GGGGAAAAAAACAGUAUAUGUUUAUAAAAAUAUAGGGGUAAAUUUGCAUCUAUUAUCAUCUUGUUGGAUUUUGGAUUUUUAAGGUAGACGAGGCCGGAUUGAAAUUAUGGAACUCAAAUUAUAAGUGAAUAAAUUAUAAUACUUCUUACGAAUUAAAAAUAAAAAGGAGAUAACACUUUGAAAAAAGACACGGACAAUAAUGGGUUAUAUGCUUUAGGCAAAUCUUGGGGGUUGUCUUCAGGAGGAAACUCUCUUAUCUGUCACUAUCUAGGCAGCAAAGUGAUGAAUAAUUUUAACAGUGACCUCUUGAACACACGUGUCAAGAAGAGUUUAGGAGAAAGACUUCAGACCUACCAAGAAGAACAAGACUGACAGGAAAGCAACAGACAAAAGAGGACGGACAUUCAUAAUCCGGCUCUUUGCCAAGUCUGUGAGUCGGAGGAAGUCUGAGCACGAGGUUUCCUUGUGAAAGUUGUCCUAGGAACCUUCCCCGGUCGUAGAUUCGGAUACAACAGGACAUGUGGGACACAGAGGACCGUGGGGCCACACCGGACAGUCCCACUUUGAAGUUGGCUGUCUGGUAAUUCCAACUGAUGGCAGGGUUUUCUACAGGUGGCCCUACCUUGAUACUGAUACUAUGAUGUAUGAUGUUUUCCCUCAGCCACUAGGACAUAAAGUCCCUUCAAACUUUACAGAGCGAUGGACAUAAUCAUUCACCUCCAAACUCUCCUCCAGGUCUCUUCAUCUGCCACCCUUCAGUUUCCCAGAGCCAUGUUGAACACAGAAAGUUCACCACAAAGCGACGGCAUCCCCGCUGUGACGAUGACACAGCCGCAGGAUGUGGACAUGACCUUGUGGAGCGAGGCAGAGUUUGAGGAGAAGUGCACGUACAUUGUGAAGGACCAACCUCUGGAGCAAGAGUCCGAAAGCGACGGCGGGAUAAAAGCCAAGAGAACUUUACCCAGAAACCUGGCCUUGAAGCGCCGCAACGGCUCAACGGAGGUGCUGGGAGUGACAAGUAAAGAGCUGAUUCCCAAGGGGACACGUUUCGGCCCCCUGGUGGGAGAAAAGUACACUGACGAAACCCUGCUGACAGGCGCUGACAGAAAGUACUUUUGGAGGGUCUUCUCAGACGGGACCUUACACCACAUCCUGGAUGGUUUGAAUGAGGAGCACAGCAACUGGAUGCGUUACGUCAACCCAGCCCGUGCGGUGGAGGAGCAAAACCUGGUUGCGUGCCAGAGUGGUUUGAACAUCUACUUUUACACCGUCAAAACACUGCAGCCUGGCCAGGAGCUGCUGGUGUGGUACUGCCCCGAGUUUGCUCAGCGCUGCAACUACCCUCCUCUAGGCCGACUGGCCAUGGACCGCAUCGAAAAGAAUCAAGCGCAGGAGAAAACAUCUGCGAAAAGAGGACACAGCGUUUCAGAAAUCCUGCGUGAUGAGCCGUCCAGAUCCAAGACAACCUGCCUUGGACAUUUGGACAAUCCUUUGUCUCAGGAGAACCUCCCACAUGUUUUCCCCCUCUGUCCUCGUGUCGUCUAUCCAAUCCAGACAAACUCGGAGUCUAUCCAUGGCCGCAGAUAUUCACCUUUGUCAGCCCUGCCCACAUGCAGCCCCCUAGCAGCCAAACGACCAGCUCUAAGUCACCCUGUUCCCUCCAUUAUACACUUCAAUCAAGGCUCUCUUACUGGCAACCUUUAUGAAGAACCCAGUCCAGUCCACCAUGCCCUCAGACCCUCUCCUUUUUAUCUCCACCAGUAUCCUAACAACGUUCUACCUCGAACAUCCCUUUUUUGCAGCGACCGAAUAAAACCCCAUGCAGCUCUCUCGUCUCACCUACUGCCUUUUGAUGGAUACGCACGCUUUUUCCACUCACUGACCAACAGACACAAAGACUUGACUCUUGCACUAUCCAGUACCAAAAAAGACCUUGUUCUUUCACCAGCCAGCGAACACAAGGACAAUCAGGACCUCACAUCCAACAGGACGACCUACCUCAGGACCCCCUACGAUGAACGCACAGAUAUCAAACAUUCCUCUGCGAGCAACAGGGAUUCAGAUGCCACUGUGCCUGCCACAUCCAUGGCCACCUCAGUCCCUGGAGCACUGCCAUCUCUUGCCCCUGGAGGAUGCUCGCCACCAGCGGGCAUGGCCGCCUCCUCAGACUGCCUCCCUUCCAAACCCACGUCUGCUUCUCAGGGCAACUCCGAGGUUGCAGUAGAUCUCAGGAAGACCAAACGAGGGAGGCAGAUCAUUGGCUACAAGACUCUGGCUUAUCCUCUCAUCAGGCAAAAUGGAAAGAUCCGUUACGAGUGUAAUGUUUGUGGAAAAGUCUUCGGGCAGUUGUCCAAUCUCAAGGUGCAUCUGAGAGUGCACAGUGGAGAACGUCCUUUCAGGUGUCAGACCUGCAGCAAAACCUUCACUCAACUGGCUCAUCUGCAGAAACACUAUCUGGUUCACACUGGAGAGAAACCGCACGAAUGCAAGGUAUGUCAAAAACGCUUCAGUAGCACCAGCAACCUGAAGACCCACCAGAGGUUACACUCAGGGGAGAGACCUUAUCAGUGUAAGCACUGUCCAGCUCGCUUCACACAGUUCGUCCACCUCAAGCUCCACAAACGCCUCCACACUGGUGAGAGACCCCACCGUUGCCCCCACUGCCCCUGUGCCUACCUGCACUACUGCAGCCUCCAGGUUCACCUGCAGGGCUUCUGCCCACUCUCUCCGAUGAUCUCUCACCGACACUCACCAGAGGAGCUGCACCGCGUCAACUCUGAGAUCCAGAGGUUUGACAUCAGCGAGGCAGCAGACCAACUUGAGGCCAUGGCUGCAGAGGCUGAGCUGGACAAGGGGAAUAUUAUUGCCCUAAUUAAGCAAAUCGAGACGAACACGUCAGGUCACAGGGGUGAUGGCGGAUUAAAGACUGAGCUGAACACCUGCAAAUCCGCCAAGGACUUGCCGGUGACUCUGACGCAGCACGGAAGCCAUUUACCUCUGCAUCAGACCAGGAUCAAACUGGAGACAAGCUGCAUUUCAAAGGCCUAAGAAAGUCCUUCUAAUCCAGCCA